GGUUUUAAUUGUGAAGAACAACAGAUUAUGGCUUGAUAUAAAUGAAAAGCUUUCCAAGGAAGGCGAAGAAACAACUAUUCGAUCUCACACCUGGACAUUUUAUUGAUCUUUCUGUUUGGUGAGGUUCAAAUGCAGAGGCAAGAACGAGGAUCGUAAGAAUGGAGCGAGCAAAAACAGAAGUGGAGAAGAAAGUUUCAAAACUUUUAAAGUUCAUCCAAAACAAAAACAGGAUUCCAAGGGAUUCAAAGAGAGAGCUUCUAGGGAUUGUUAACGAUCUUCAAGAGCAGUGUCAGUCUCUCUAUUCUGUAUGUGAUGAUUUCCAACAAGAUUUAGAUCCGAAAAGUGGUGGCAGAAGAAAAGGGAAAUCGCGUGUUGCUUCAUCGAGUUCGGAUUUGGAAUAUUACUCUUCAGAGGAAAUAGAGAAUGUUGUUGAGGAAGGAAUUGAAAUUGGUGAGCUUCAAAGCAAGAUUGAGGCAUUGAGGAAUGAGGCUGAAGAGAAACAACGAGAAUUGACUUUGCGUGUGAAGGAGCUAGAACGAGAGCUAGGUAAUGCAAAAGCUGAGUGUGAUCGGAAAGGAAAUUUAGAGAAAGAGAUUGCGAUGAAAGCUAGUGAAAGUAAGCAAUUAGGAGAGAAGAACAAAGGGCUAAGAUCUCAGAUCUCCGGUUUGGAAUCGGUUUUGAAAGAGAAAGGGGAUGAGAUAUCAAUACUUGUGAACAAGUUUGGGAAUAGUGAGUUGGGUUUAACAUCGAGAAUCGAAGAUUUGAAAUGCCAAUUAAAAAAUUUAGAACAAGAAAUCGGUUUCCUUCGUGCACGAAAUGCGGGUUUGGCUGGAAAUUUAGAAGUUAAGAGAGUCGAAGAGAAAGAACGCGUUAAGGGAUUGACGGAUCAGGUAAAUGGUAUGAAACAUGAGCUUGAAUCAUUGCGGAGCCAGAAAGAUGAAUCUGAAGCAAAGUUGGAGAAGAAAGUAGAAGAAGUUACAGAGACGAAGAUGCAAUUGAAAAGUCUGGAAGAAGAAACAGAGGAAGAGCGUAAUAGACUGAAUGAAGAGAUUGGCCAUCUUAGAGGAGAAAAUCAGAUGCUGCAUAGAAGAAUCGCAGAGCUCGAAUCAUUACAUAUGGAGAUGAAGACAGAGAGCGCUCAUGAAAUGGAAGAUGCGAGCAAGAAAUUGGACAUUCAGGUUUCUGAUCAGAAGAAAUUGGUCAAGGAACAAGAUGAUAUUAUUCGCAGGCUAUCGGCGAAAAUCAAGGAUCAACAGAGGCUUCUCAAAGAACAAAAAGACACCAUUGAUAAGUUCUCUGAAGAUCAGAAGCUAUCGAAACGUUGGUCAUUUGGUUCGAGCCGAGAUUCGAAACUGAAUCCAAAUGCGUUAGAGAGGAAAAUGGAAGAAUUAGCUGAAGAUUUCCGGAUGAAGAUAGAAGAUCAUAUUAGGAUACUAUACAGGAGGAUCCACGUAGCUGAACAGAUACACUUAGAGAGCAAGAACGACUACAUCAAAACCCGAGACAUGCUUCAAGAAAACAAGGAAAACAGAGAAAGUUUGAUGUUUUUCGAAACCCAAUUCAAUAAAAUGAAAGGCGCAUUGGAAAAAGGGUACACAGGAUCCGAAACCGCGAUGAAGAAACUAGAAGAAGCAGAGGAAACCACGAACCGAGUUGCUAGAUUAGCAAAAGAGAUGGAGUCAGCGAAGCUUUGGGUGAGUGAGAAGAAGAGCGAGGUAGAGACUCUAACGGCAAAGCUAGAAUGCAGAGAAGCUCAAGAAACAUUGUUGAAGGAGAAGUUAUCAAAGCUAGAGAAGAAGCUUGCGGAAGAAGGAACAGAGAAACUGAAACUAGCAAAGGUUUUGAGCAAAUUCGAAACGAGGAUAAAAGAGCUUGAGAUGAAGGUGAAGGGAAGAGAAGUAGAAUUGUUGAGUUUAGGAGAAGAGAAGAGAGAAGCCAUAAGACAACUCUGUAUUCUUGUGGAUUAUCAACGAGAUCGAUACGAUCAACUCAAGAAAUCAUCAAUCUUAAAGGUUGAUCAUCUUAACACCUAACUUUUUAUAAAAAAGAAUUCAACUCUUUUUCCAUUUUUCACAAAAUUGUUAUUUAUUUGUUUAUAUUCA